AUGGGGGAGGAAGAGAAGAGGCCAGAGGAAACGAAGAAGGCUGAGGAGGAAAAGGUGGAGAAAAAAGAAGAACCCACCAAGGAUGAGAAACCAACGGACGGAAAGAAAGAAGAAAACAAAAAUGAGGAAGCCAAAGAGGCUGCACCGCCACCUCCGCCGCAAGAAAUUAUCUUAAGAGUCUACAUGCAUUGUGAAGGAUGUGCCAAAAAAGUUCGCAGAUGCCUCAAGGGCUUUGAUGGAGUGGAGGAUGUUAUGACAGAUUGUAGGACUAGUAGGGUGGUUGUGAAAGGUGAGAAGGCUGAUUCAAUUAAGGUUCUUGAGAGGGUUCAGAGGAAGAGCCACCGGCAAGUGGAUCUUCUCUCUCCAAUCCCGCCGCCACCACCGGCUGCUGAAGAGCCAAAGAAAACUGGAGAAAAGGAGGAGGUCAAAACUGAAGAGAAAAUAGAGGAGCCUCCUGUGAUUACAGUUGUGUUAAGAGUGUACAUGCAUUGUGAGGCUUGUGCUCAAGAAAUCAGAAAGCGAAUUCAAAGAAUGAAAGGAGUGGAAGGUGCAGAACCAGACCUAAAGAACUCAGAAGUAACAGUGAAAGGGGCAUUUGAACCGGAGAGGCUCGUCGAUUACCUGUACAAGAGGACCGGAAAACAGGCCGUGAUCAUGAAGGUCGAGCCGGCGAAGGCGGAGGAAGAAACGAAAGACAAAAAAGAAGAGAAGAAACCGACUGAGGAAGGCGAAAAGGGGGCCAACAAAGGCAAAGAAGGUGUCAAAGAAAACAAUGACGAUGACGGGGAAGGGGACGGCGGCGGCAGCAGCGGUGGAGGUGGUGAAGAACCACCAGCUAAACAAGAAGCAGAAGUUGAGGAACCUAAAAUGGAGUUCAAAAAGAAUGAGUUCUACCAAAACUACCCUCAGAACUAUCAAGUUUAUCCUCAAAGGAUUGUUCAAGACAUGUAUUCAUAUCCUCCACAGAUCUUCAGUGAUGAGAAUCCAAAUGCAUGUUCUGUUGUGUAA